AUGGAGUUGGGUCCCGUGGUCAUUUGUGUUUGUCCCAGCGAACUCUACUGGCUGCAGUUGAUGCUUCGUCGGAUGAAUAGUAUCUGGGAGGAAUACUCUGCUCCUUCUCCUUCUUCUGAUACUUCCAGUACCGCAGCUGUGACUGCCAUUCCUGCUUCUGGUGUCCCAGCUUCCACUUCUGAUCUUAACUUGGUUUGUUUUUCUUCCUCUGGGGAAGCAGUUCAUCCUAAGUGCUAUCACCACAGCCGAUGUAUUAUGAGUCAAGAUAAUGAACUAUAUACUCGUUGCAACCCCCAGGAGUCCAUUGGAUGCCACUCGGUAAUCUAA